GACAACAGAGUUGUUCUUUUAGGUCACAUGAAAACCUGAACAGAUUUACUUAUUGAGCUGUUGCUGUGGAUGGGAUAUAUUGUCCAGCCAGCAGCACUAUCAGACACUCUUUAGCGACUGUGGUUCAGACUCUUCACCAGCAUGAACGCCAUUUUCUUCAUCGGCCAAAUCAUUGGCAUAGUUUCUAUCUUCGCCGUCCUCCUCUUCGUCCUCGCCCAGCUGGUUUCCUGCCUCCACCGCAGCCCUGUGCAGGACGGCCACGGCCGAGCUGUGCUGAUAACAGGCUGCGACAGCGGCUUCGGACACCAGCUGGCUCGGUCUCUGGACCAGAAAGGCUACGUGGUGUUCGCCGGGUGUCUGUCUGCAGAGGGAGCCGGGGCCCAGAGUCUGGCCAGACAGAGCUCCAGUAAUCUGAGAAUCGUCCAGCUGGACGUCACCAGGGACGAGGACAUGCAGCAGGCCAAGAAGAUGGUCCAGGAGAACCUGCCAGACAAAGGCCUGUGGGCAGUUGUGAACAACGCUGGCAUCUCUGACUGGGCCGAGAUCGAAUGGAGCACUAUUGAAGAUUUCCGCAGCAUGGUCGACAUUAACCUGUUUGGCUCCAUCAGGACCACUUCUGCAUUUCUACCUUUGAUUCGUGAAGCCAAAGGUCGGAUGGUUUACAUGUCGAGCAUCUUUGCCUUCUUCAACUGCCUGAACAUGGCAGCUUACAGUGUGUCAAAGAGAGGACUGGAGGCGUUUGCAGAUUGCCUACGGGUUGAAAUGGCCAGUUUUGGUGUGAAGGUCAGCAUCAUCCAGCCGGGUAACUUUGGCCAAGCCACCAACAUCCUGAAGGUGAAAACAGGUUUGGAUAUUUGGGAGAAAUUAGACGAUGAACGUAAACUAAUCUUCAGCCAGCAGUACAUCGAGCUGGCCAACGAGUACUUCAUGUCAACCUGCAGUUCGGGGUUCAAGAACGCCGACAUGGUCAUCGACGCCAUGCUGCACGCCGUCACGUCGGCUCGGCCCAAGCGCAGAUACCUGCUGGUGUCAGCCGCGGAUAGGUUCUUCUUCCAGCUCUUCCCUUUCCUCCCCACCGCCCUCACCGACGCUGUGUUUUCUCUCAGCUCCAUGUACGCUAAAAGAAAAGAAAUGCUUUACGUUAAACAAGAGAGACUAAAGGAGUGAGGCUGUGGUAGCAGUGGCCCUGUAGAAAGUCCUUCUAAUGCAUUGUUGCUGUGAAACAACCUCAUCCUCAUUUGAUCCUUCUGAGAUAUUAUUUCUGCACAAUCUGUGGCUGCUGAUUCAUUCCCAUCGAUUCAUGCAUAUUAUUACGAGAUUUUAAAAUGAAACACAAUCUUUGAAAUAGUAGAUGUAAUGUGUGCAGUGAAGAAAAAAAUAAUCACAGAAGGGUUUAGAGAGUUUUAAUUAUAAUAUACGAUUAUAAUUUCUUCUUUAAUGUAAUGUUAACUGCCUCCUUUAAAUGUACAGAGCCUGCUACAUGAAUGCAGAAACAGAAUCUCUGUUUUAAUGACAUGAAGUCAGAAGAAGUUUGUCACGCUCAGCUGAAAGAAGCCUUGCAGUAAAGUUUGGAGAUCCAGUGGGAGAACAAUACUGAUGUGAAUGUGAACAUUAACUGAUGAUGAUUAUUAAACUGAAGUUACUACAAAUGAAGGUUGUCACUUAAAACUGUGGCUGAAAUGACCUUGAGAUAUGCUGUUGUACCAUUGUGGU